AGAUGUGGGAGCCUGCCCCGCAGGCCCAUGGUGCCAACACUAGAAUGGAGGAUCUGAAAGACAGAUCUAGGGUGACCCUACCCAAAGAUCUGAGGCCCCACACUCACCUUGACCAAAAGCCUUAGGUAAAUGUCCUGGCUCUUGGGCUCUUUUCGACGAACCUUUCGGUCCUUGUUGUGGCGGAUAUCGACUCCCUGCAGGGGUGAAAGGACAACCAUGGACCCAGUUCUGAAUCAGGCCAUUUACCCCAUAAAUGUUCACAAUUAUUACUUACCUCCAAGACUGAGCUGGGCCCCAAACUCUUGACACACCAGCUCAAUUCCCAGGUCCACCACUGGGAGACCCUGGACCACAACUGACCCCUCCAUAAAAAGCAGAUAUAUACAAAGCCUUCCCCACAUGGCACAGUACCCGGCAACACCUUAACAGAGUACCCAAAUUAAACAGUAAUGGCAACAAAUCUUUGCAUGCCCUAUCUCCUUCAAUCUAACAACUCUAUCAGGUAGUUUGUUAUCUCCACUUUAAAGUUGAAAAGCCCACCAUUCCCACUACUUCCCCGCCCUCCUUUUCUGAGUAAAUGAAGUUUUUCAGAUUGUCCUGAUAAUUGUAAGCAACUAUUUAAGCAUCAAUAAUUCCCACUUACUUAGCAAUUACAGUUUGAAAGACCCUGUGAUGAGCACUUCCUGUUAUUUCUUCCUAAAUGCGCAAACUUAUGAGAGGAGAUUACCAUGUCCCCGUGAAACGACAGACACGGGAGCACAAGCCUGGAAAGCAACACAAGGUGGGCAGAGAUGUGAGACUUAAGCCCGCCUAGUUCCAGAACCCGGGUACUUAACUCUCGACCCUGCCCCCAAGAACCCAACUUUCCAGACUACGAAGUGACAGUCAGGAAAGGCAAGUGGUUAACAGUGGCUGCAGGGCCAGCCACCUGGGUACGAAUCCUGGCUCCGCCACUUCCUGGCUUCGUGACCCAAACCAUAUCACUUAGCCUCCUAGUACCUCAAUUUGGUCAUCUAUUCAAUGGAGACGAUAACGUAAGUAGACAGGAGGAGCCAGAGGCUGACUCUGAUCCAUCCCUGGUCUCCGAGCUCCCACAGUAGCCCCCGGCCUUGGGAGUUGCCUCCUUCGGACACUCGCGGAACCCCUGCCUCCCUCCGGCAUGCCCCCAGCCCGAGAUCGCGGCGGAUGGCGGCGGAUGGUCAAGCCCUGAACACCACAAAGCGAGCUCACCAUGAUGGCGCCUCCUGCUCCGCCAGAUUCAGAAAGAGAGAACCGGCCCGGAAUGGGCGGGGAAAGCCUUCAGAGCGUGGCGGCGUCGUGACGUCACAUGAGCGCGACACGCCGCUCUACCACUCUCCGGGCUUCUCUGUGGCGAGUUGGAUGACUGGCCAGAUGGGCGACAACAGAAUAGGGCGGAGAAACAACCAAAGAGGAAGCAGCGCAACGUCAAGGAGGGCAGGGCCUGCACGUCGGGGGCCUCUCUGGCCCUACCCAGGUACUGUUCUCUAUAGUUUUCCGGAAGAAGGAUUUGGGAGCGAGUGAGAUGCGUGGAGCUAGGAGGACUCGUCGCACGGUGACGCUCUGGCCCGACGCCGACGGCCUCUCGGUGACUCCCGGAGGACCCCGCGGGCCGAGUAUUGGAGAGCCAAAGGCAAGGCGUGGACAGUGAGGCCUGACUCCUUGCCCGCGCCACCCUCCUAUGACAUAAGACCCGGGGCCAGGGUCCUGUUGAAAUAGCAGAGAGAGAGCCAGCACAUGAAUGGACACCUCGAAGCAGAGGAACAGCAGGACCAGAAGCCGGACCAGGAGCUGACUGGGAGCUGGGGCCACGGGCCUAAGAGCACCCUGGACAGGGCUGAGGCCAUGGCCCCGCCACCACCGCCAUUGGCUGCCAGCACCCCGCUCCUACAUGGCGAGUUUGGCUCCUACCCAGCCCGUGGCCCACGCUUCGCCCUCACCCUCACAUCGCAGGCCCUGCACAUACAGCGGCUGCGCCCAAAACCUGAAGCCCGGCCCCGUGGUGGCCUGGUCCCGCUGGCUGAGGUCUCAGGCUGCUGCACCCUGCGAAGCCGCAGCCCCUCAGACUCAGCAGCCUACUUCUGCGUCUACACCUACCCUCGGGGCCGGCGUGGGGGCCGGCGCAGAGCCACCCGCACCUUCCGGGCAGAUGGGGCAGCCACCUACGAAGAGAAUCGUGCUGAGGCCCAGCGCUGGGCCACUGCCCUCACAUGUCUGCUCCGAGGACUGCCGCUGCCUGGGGAUGGGGAGAUCACUCCUGAGCUUCUGCCAAGGCCACCCCGGUUGCUCCUGCUGGUCAAUCCCUUUGGGGGGCGGGGCCUGGCCUGGCAGUGGUGUAAGAACCACGUGCUGCCCAUGAUCUCUGAAGCUGGGCUAUCCUUCAACCUCAUACAGACAGAACGACAGAACCACGCCCGGGAGCUGGUCCAGGGGCUGAGCCUGAGUGAGUGGGAUGGCAUCGUCACUGUCUCAGGAGAUGGGCUGCUCUAUGAGGUGCUGAACGGGCUCCUAGAUCGCCCUGACUGGGAGGAGGCUGUGAAGAUGCCCGUGGGUAUUCUCCCUUGUGGCUCGGGCAAUGCGCUGGCUGGAGCAGUGAACCAGCGUGGGGGGUUUGAGCCAGCCCUGGGUCUCGACUUGCUGCUCAACUGCUCACUGCUGCUUUGCCGGGGUGGCGGCCACCCGCUGGACCUGCUCUCCGUGACACUGGCCUCAGGUUCCCGCUGUUUCUCCUUCCUGGCUGUGGCCUGGGGCUUUGUGUCGGACGUGGAUAUCCAGAGUGAGCGCUUCAGGGCCCUGGGCAGUGCCCGCUUCACCCUGGGCACAGUGCUGGGCCUUGCGACAUUGCACACCUACCGUGGACGCCUCUCCUACCUCCCUGCCACUGGGGAGACUGCCUCACCCACCCCCACCCAUGGCCUGCCCCGAGCCAAGUCAGAGCUGACCCUGGCCCCAGACUCAGCCCCGCCCAUGGCCCACUCACCCCUGCAUCGAUCAGUGUCUGACCUCCCCCUGCCCCUGCCCCUGCCUAAGUCUGCCCUGGCCUCCCCUGGCUCGCCUGAACCUCUGCCCAUCUUGUCCCUCAAUGGUGGGGGUCCAGAGCUGGCUGGGGACUGGGGUGGGGCUGGGGAUGCUCCUCUGUCCCCGGAUCCACUGCUGUCCUCACCUCCAGGCUCUCCCAAGGCAGCUCUACUCUCACCUAUUGCGGAGGGGCCCCCAGAAAUUCCCCCAUCCUCUGGGCUCCCGCCUCCCACCCCUGAUGCCCCAGUAGCAGUGUCUACCUGGGGCCCACCUGACCACCUGCUGCCUCCACUGGGCACCCCACUGCCCCCAGACUGGGUGACCGUAGAGGGGGACUUUGUGCUCAUGUUGGCCAUCUCGCCCAGCCACUUGGGCGCUGACAUGGUGGCGGCUCCCCAUGCACGCUUUGAUGACGGCCUGGUGCACCUGUGCUGGGUGCGAAGUGGCAUCUCGCGGGCCACACUACUGCGCCUUUUCCUGGCCAUGGAGCAUGGUAGCCACUUCAGCCUGGGCUGUCCGCAGCUGGGCUACGCUGCGGCCCGUGCCUUCCGCCUUGAGCCGCUUACUCCUCGCGGUGUGCUCACGGUGGACGGGGAGCAGGUGGAGUAUGGGCCGCUGCAGGCGCAGAUGCAUCCUGGCCUCGCUACUCUGCUCACUGGGCCUCCUGGCUGCACUGGCCUGGAGCCCUGAUCCCAACCAAACUCGGAACCCGCCGGGGGCGGGGCCUACAUUCCAAGGGGGCGGAGCCUGAGCUAGGACGUAAGGCCUGGCUGCCAAAUUUGGGGCGGUGGCUCCCACGUGCAAGGGCCCUGGCCCUAUCUCAGGAUUGUGCCCGUCCUCAGGGGACCCGACGUGACGCUGGAGAGUGGUCUGAGUUCCAGGGGGUGGGUGUCGUCAUGGUUAGAGAUAGAUGGGCUCGUCCCCCAGAUAGUGCCUGACCGAGAGGGUGGGGCCUGGCCUCUGAGCUUUGGCCGCCCCUAAGUCAGCCCUGACCGCCCCCCCCCGUCCGGCUCGUUGAAGGCCCGGGCGGCUGAGGGCGGAGCCUGUCUUAAGCGUCGCCCAUUGACGGUGCCUGGAAUGUACGAGCCGGGGGAGGCCUUAGUUAAUUGGCCAGUCAGGGCCCGGGUCUCGCCCUAUCCACUCCGGUGCCUCCACUUAACUGGCCAAUCAGCCCAGGAGGGGCAGGUUCCCCGGGGCCGGCGCUCGGAUUUGCACUAAUGUCCCUCCCUCCGCGGGUGGGGGUGAGGAAAUUCAUAUCUCUUGUUCUGUCUCAUGUGCGUCCCUCCUCCCCAAUCUAAAAAGCAAUUGAAAAGGUCUAUGCAAUAAAGGCAGUCGCUUCAUUCCUCCCA